GCGAGAGCAUCUGGUCACUGGGUUAACACUCAGCCACGGCGCAGCUCUGGACAAAGGCCAAACUGCCUCCCCUGGCGGGCAGACGUUGAGACGACGUCACUUCCGGGGGCGUGUCAGGUACCUGACGGCCAGCGGGGUCGUGCCCUUUGGCCUGUGGGAGGACAGCAUUGCCAGGAUCACAGCUUUCUUCGGAACUCAUGUUGGCUCCUACUUCCGGUUUCUGCGUUUCCUGACACUUAUGAACGCCACAGUGGCUCUCCUUAUGUUCUGCUUCGUCUCACUACCCCAGAUUGUUCCCCAGGAGGUGAUCAGCGAGGAUGUGGAGCUCGGAUUUUUUGGAGAGCUCUCCCGCACGAUCUUCUUCUUCGGCGCGCACAGCAACAGCAGCUGGGGUGACUCAUCCUUCGUGUACGAGCGCCCCCUGGCCUAUCUGGUGACCUGGUGCGGGGUCAACGUCCUCUCUGUUCUACUCAUCGUCGUCAGCUGGGUUACGACGACUUCGACGUCCCCGGUCUCAUCCUUGACCUGGUCUACGGCCAAUCGCUGCUCUGGCUGGGCCUUUACUCCGCCCCCUUCCUGUCGGCGGUGGGCGUGGUCAAACAGACGGUGCUCUUCUACUUCCACUACGGCUUGGCUCGUGCGUGCUGCGUCCCGCCCAGAAGGGUGUUCCGAGCGUCUAGAUCCGGGACCUUCUUCCUGUUUGUUCUGUUGGUUUCUCUGUUGGCGUGUCUUGUGCCUAUGACAUAUUCUAUACUCAUGAUCGAGCCUUCCGAGUCGUGCGGGCCUUUCCGACAAGAGCGCUGGACAUACGAGGUUCUCACUGACCGUGUGGGCGAGGCGUCCAGUUGGGUGCAAGAUGGACUCCGCUAUGCCAGUCACCCAGGACUUGUGGUGCCGCUACUGUUGCUACUUGUGAGAGAAAGGUCGAAAAACGGAGAGUGUUUGCUACAGCUCGUUUAGCCCAUGGUAUAUCACAAGUAGGUCUGGUGGACGCGGCGGGUAAAAACCUGGCCUGACCUCUCUUGUCCUGAGUGACGUCACACAGCAGGGUAACGGACAUAUUACGUCGCCAGGAACAGACAGCAAGAUGUUUAGUUUUAGUUAAAGUUUUAAGACAUAAUUUGCAACAGACAUAGGUUACGUGAGUUCCGAAGACUUUAGGUGUUACAAGAGGGUAACAUACCAACAACAACAAAACUCCCAAAAAU